AUGAGCGCAUCAAACUCUAGCUCAUUCCGACCUGCUUCACAGCCAAAAGAGCAGCUCGUGCUUCAGGUCGAGAAUCUUCCGCUCGGUGGGAGAAUCCUCACGAUUGAGAUUUUCGAGGUACCAGACACCGCCCCAACAAAAGCAUCGGGGACACUUUUAUCACCAGUUCGUUCGGCACCUUCCACACCAUUAGCGUCUUCGAAUUCCGCGAGGGCAAACGGGUUUCGAGUAGCAGCGCGAGAUGACGUGGAAAAUGAGUAUUCACUAUUCGUGACGCGGCAAAAGGCUGAAUACUUGUAUAGGGCAGCUUAUCCAGCUGAAGCAGAAGAGAGCGAGGAGAUCUCCCCCGAGGCAAUGGCAAACGGCAUUCUCACAUACCUCAACAUCAUCGGAAAUCGACAGCGAGAUGUUGGGAAGCUUGUGUGUCGGGAACCCGAGCCACACGUCAAAAAGAAGGCUCGAGUAUUACCAACCAGCACCCCACCAAACAAGCAAAGGAACCCGCAUCUCCCCUCCAAGCGGCAGGAUCAACGUGCUGUCCGUGUACAGAAAACUUCGGAACGGACGAUGGAAGCAGUUGCAUCAGCCAUGCGACUUUUAGGCUCUGGCUUAAAUGGAGAUGAUGACAGUGAGAUGGACGUAGGGAAGUUUGACCGUAAGGGCAGCGAAGCAAGCAUAUUGCAUCGCAUGGCAGUUGCUGACUCCAAGACGAUGUGGAAAGCGCAACUGGAGACGAACUACGAGGAGUCUGACCACCCGUCAUUCUACGAACUUGAUGCAUCAGCUGCCGCGCAAGAAUACACUUUAGCACCGGGUUUGUCGCCAUUAAAGCGAGCACUUCCGGAACGCAGAACAAAGCAUAAGGAUCUUGAAGAGCGUCGACAAAAGGGGCGUCAGCAGCGGAUUAUGGUUGCACAAGCGGCCCAUGACGCUCCCAACUCGGUGUUAAACUCAAUUCAAGGGCAAGGCUCUUAUCGACUUUUAAGCUGCAUCGGCUCCUCGAUCGAGUGUGGGUACUGUGUACAGCCUAAGAAAUUUAUUUGA